UGCAAGUUCAUUAGAGAGAAUCAGAAUGAAAAAUAGGCUAUUAGGAAUGCCAAAGAGAGUUCUUGUUUACUUCCUAAAGAAAUUAGAUUCACGUCUUGAUAAUCUUGAUGAGGAAUUUACUUUUUUCAGGAGAACUCAAUUACACAUUGCAGUUUUGUCUAAUGACAUAAAUUUUGCAAGAAAAAUUCUAUAUUUGGAACCUGAUCUUGCAUCAAAAAAAGACAACAGAGGAUGGACUCCCCUUCACCUUGCUUCAGCAAGAGCAAGUCUUGAGAUGGUGGAAUUAUUGCUGAUGGCCAGACGUGAUGUUUGUACAGUUCAAGAUAACGAUCAAAGGACACCUCUACAUCUAGCAGUAAUGAACAAUCGAGUGGAGAUCAUGGAAGUACUAACAGAAGAGGAUUUGCCCAAAGUAAUUAACCUAAACAAUGAUCAAAAUGGUGAGACAAUACUACAUUUCUGUGUUAAAAGUAACAGUAGUAUUGAGACCCUCGAGCUAUUGGCAGACAAGUUGGAUCUUGCAAGGGCUUCAGAUCCAGAUAUUCUUAUCAACUCCAAGGACAAUGAUGGCAAAACAGUCUUACAACUUGCUGCGGAAACUGGAAAUAUUGAGAUGGUGCAAUACUUACUGGAAAGUAGUAAUUUAAAACUUGAAAUAACUGAGGCCGACUUUGAUGAAGCCAUGAAUGCUUUAACACCAAAAAAUACGAUUGAUCUACAAUUCAAGUUUCUCAAGUACGCUGGAUGUACACAGAGUAAGAAGCAUAAUAGUAACACUCUUUCUAGAUGUGGUGAUAAGAUUGAAAGGAGGAAAGAGAGGGUUAACGCAUUAUUGGUGGUGGCAACAUUGAUAGCAGGAAUUGCCUUUCAAGCUGCAAUGAACCCACCUGGAGGAGUUUGGCAAGAUGAUUCCAUAGUUAACUCUAAUACUAAGCCCGUUAUAUUUGGUUAUUAUCUUAAUCAAAUGUUUAGCUCCACUAUGUCUGGCGGGUUGAGAGAGUACCUAAUCCGACAUUCUGAAGGGAAACAAUAUUCUAACAUUCAAAACUUCGUGGAUGCUCUUAUGUUGAAUUAUGGCAGUAUAUUGUCUACGCAAUAUAAAGGGUUAGUUUUGGAAGAUUCUGGGUUUACUGAUGUUGUUUCAAACUACAACAACAGUGAUGGCAAAGGUGGUAAUUCGUUCCCCUAUCUAAUACGUUAUGCUGGAUACCCUAUAUUAGGUUAUACAUACCCAGACAUCUACAUGAAUUACAUGGUUACUAAUGGGAUUGCUCUUUUUAUGUCCCUAACGAUAAUAUUUUUAGUCAUAUGUGGGUUUAUGAUCAAAAUACCGGUCGCCCAAGCUCGAGUUCUUGUUUUCUUAAUGUGCAUUUCAAUCGGAUGUAUUGCCUUUGCUUAUUUGUCGGUAUUAGCAGCUAUGAUGCCAGGUUUUUAUACGGAAGCAGAACACACCUUUAUAAAAGUUCAAGUAUUCUUGGGAGUUUGCUGCAUUCUGGGAGUUGGGUCCUUCAUUUGGACUUUGGUAUUGAAGAUAGUUAAGCUACGAAAGAGAAAGAGGCACCCGCACAUUGGACUUAUGAAUUACCUCAAACAAAUCUUCUACAGUAUGGACGCAAAGGAUGCAGGAAAACUGAUUUUAUUUGUUGUUAGUUACUUUGGUUUUCGUUUUCAUGGAUAUGUUUGUUAUGGUGUUUGGUCCUAUAUCAACCACUUCUGGUAUUAAACCAAAUUCCCGUUUUAGUUUAAAACUAUGUGUGUGCGCCCAACACCAUGACUGAAUUUGGUGGAUUCCGUCUAUUGAAAAUUAUUA